UUGCACAUGUGGGUGUUGGUUGUGACGCGGGCGACUGCUGUCAUGUGCAUAUUCGUAUUUCUCUAGUACACUUUCGUAUGUAAUAUACAUAUAAGUUCGAGUGUCAUGCACAAUGCAUCAUGCAUAUUUGUCACUGACAACAGUACUUGAAUCCUUUAUCGGAAAUAAGAGAAUCUACAAGCGUGCAAAUGUGACAGGGGUUCCAAGUAAAUAAUACGUUUUUCGAAAAAAAAAAAGAAAUGUAGACGCUUCUUUGUUGAUUAACGUGGGACGGAAUCUGAGAGGUUUGACAUUUAUUAAACUGUUGCUUAAAUUGACCGUAAUAUUUUACAAUAGUCUUUCAUAAACGUCUCAUUAUUUUGAAGUUACAAUUCACUAAAUAAAAGGGAAAACCGACGCAUAUUGCUGGCGAUCACUGGCAGUUUUCAGGAGGCUCCUCCAGACUCCAAGGUCACGUUCAGAGUGAGACCAGAAGCGGCAUAGCUGAGGAGUGACUGAAGUGCGAGAAAACCAAGUACUUGACAGUGAUAUCCGUAGCAAAAAGUGUCCGUCCAUUGUCAGAAAAUUUUUUGAAGAUUAUAUCAAGAUGAAUAUCAAAGACUUCUUUACUGUACAGAAGAUACUCAUUCUGUCAUACAGAAUUUUAUUGGGACUUACAUUGCUGGUAUUGCUCCUUGCACCAUUCAACUUUGGGUAUGGGCCUGUGAGUGAAGCUCCCAUACCAACAAUAAAUAUUUCAAGCAUUAAUUGGACAAGAGACUUUUAUGAAAGCAGUGACUAUCAAGCUUAUUAUGAUUAUGUGCAAGAAACAGAAGAUUAUGGAACAUACCUACUUGUACCCAGCUUCUAUGUAAUUCUACCCUGUGGUGUAGGCAUGCUGUUUGCUGGGGCCUAUGUCUUGAUUGAUUUACUUUCAAAAGACAUUGUCGAGACCACAGUAGGCCUGUACUGUUCCUUUGGACUCCUGAGUAUGGUGGUUGGUCUUACAGGAGCAUAUCAAAACAGAGCUAAAUAUGUACCCAAAGGAUUUGAGAACUUUAUGUUGAGUUAUAAUUGGAUUACAGCAAUCCAUUCACUUCUGUUAAUAAUACUAUUACUGCAGAUUAUUUUGUCCAUUCGGGAAUUGUGUCGGCGAAAUAUGCGAUGGCCUACUAUCCAUUUCAGCCACUUUUUCACUAUUGGUAUGCUUGUAAGAGCAACUUUAUUGAUUCUUGCCACAUAUUUAACCAUAGCUUUCCUUGUUAAUGUGCUUCAUGGAUUUCGAGACGGAUAUGAUGAACCUGUUUUUCGCUAUCCAGAAUAUUUUUUCAUGCCAUGUGCUGUGGCGUGUUUGUAUGGAGUACUGGUUGCUUUUGAAGCUUUUACCUCCCAGAUAUUUGGUCACGUUCAUGAUAAAAUGAUGGGCAUCAGUGGCUUGGUAAUGAGUGCAGGUUAUGCCGUUGUUGGUAUUAUCUUUCUUCCGCCCAUUGCAAAUAAUAUUAUGGAUGAAUAUAGAGCUGAACCAGUUUUGAUUUUCUCUUGGGUGUGCUUUAGUGUGAGCCUGAUUUAUGCAGGUCUCUGCUUAGUUGUUCCAAAGGCACUGAAUACACCCCCAGCCAUUAUAAGAUAUCUUGCAUAUGGAAUGUCACAUAUGAAAUGUUGGGGACAAUCCAGUGAAGUAAAAGGAAAGGAAGCUUGUAACUGCAAGAUAUUCAGUAAAAUUGCUGCCUUGUGGGAAAAUCUGAAAAAAAGUGAUUCCUUAAGGACAAAUUUGAUUCUUGUGAUUCUGUCAUUUUUGUGUAUAGUCCUUAUAGCAGCUGAAUGGACAGAUAAUGCAAGUUGUGUGAUAAUGCUGUGUUCAGACAUAGCAGUAUUUUACCGAGCAUUUCCUGCACUGAUAUCAGAACUAUCUACCUGUGUUAGCCCUGUUAUUCAACCUCUACAGAUUAUCUGUCUGUUUGUCUUGGAGACGAUGCCACUUUUUGUGGGCCUUCUGUAUAACUACUUCACUUUACAUUCUAGUGCAAGUUUAACUGCAAAUAUCUUCAACAUCAUUAUCAUCAUCUUCCAGUUGUACAAGGCACAGACCCAUCCUGAAGUGAAGGCAGAAAUAAGUGCAAUGCUUGAGGCAAAGAAUCUAGAGAGAGGGGACUUACAGCCUUCUGAUGAUGAACAGCCUCUACAUGCAGUAAAUGGCAAGCCUGAUGAUGUAGAAGGCAAUAAUGACAGUGUUCUUUCUGCUUAAUAGUGAACCUGUUUGAUAAUGCAACAGUCAUUGUUGCAGCAAUAUAUAUAUUUUUUCUCUCUUUUUAAAGAUUUUUUUUUUCAUAAGGAUUUAGGCUUUACAGUAUUACUAUUUUAGCUUUCAUUUCCUGUUCUCAUUAUAUUAAGUGCAAAGUUUGUGUUUUAUAUACUCAUAAAUCUGUUUUUAAAUGUCUGAAUCUUAU